UGUACAAUUGUAAUCUCGCUGUUCUCAGCCCAGCCCUGUCACGAUUGUGGCUUCGAUUAAACAUAGACACGUGUUUGUUUACUUUCCUGUCAGCCGGCUACAACUAUUCACGUUCCCGGGCUUUUUUCUGACUAGUGCAUGGCGGGCUGCUGGAGCAGGUGACAGGAUCUGUUGUGUGACAGGAGCUUUGGCCUUAGAUGAAGAAUGGAGAGUCUAGGCCUACAGGCUGUGGCUCUUAGUGAUGGCUCCACCGCGUACAUCCAGCAGGCUAUCAAAGAUGGGAGUCUGGUCGAAGGGGACACCGUCCAAUUGGAGGAUGGAACCACUGCGUACAUCCAGCAGGUCACAGUUCAGCAGAAAGAUCCCUUGCCCUUUGAAGAUGGCCAGGCAGUGCAGUUGGAGGAUGGGACCACAGCCUAUAUUCACCACACACCGAAAGAUGGUUACGACCCUAACGCGGUGGAGGCAGUGCAGCUGGAGGAUGGGAGCACGGCCUACAUCCACCACCCCUCAGGGCUGCAUGCGGGCGGCACCAUCCUCACUGUACAGGCAGGGGGCGCUUUAGAGGAGCUGGCCGGUGACGACCCAGUGGAAAACGACACCAUCUCAACACUGGAGCAGUACGCCAAGAUCGUGGAGUCUGAGGCUGACAUGGAGGAGAUCAACAGCAAUGGACUCCAGAAGAUGGACUCAAGGGUGCAGCACGCCACUGUGCAGGUGAUGUUUGAGGGGAAGUCGUGGGGCUCCUCCAAGGCGUCGCAGGCGGUGGAGAAGAGUUUCCGGUGCGACUUCGAGGGCUGCGGACGCCUGUACACCACUGCCCACCAUCUCAAGGUGCACGAGCGCGCCCACACGGGCGACCGGCCGUACAGGUGCGAGGUGCCGUCCUGCGGGAAGGCCUUCGCCACUGGCUACGGGCUUAAGAGCCACCUGCGCACGCACACGGGGGAGAAGCCCUACAAGUGUCCCGAGGACAUGUGCUACAAGGCCUUCAAGACGUCGGGGGACCUGCAGAAGCACGUCCGCACGCACACAGGGGAGAAGCCCUUUAAGUGCCCGUUCGAAGGCUGCGGGCGCUCUUUCACCACCUCCAACAUACGCAAGGUGCACAUCCGCACCCACACAGGCGAGCGGCCCUACAUGUGCUCCGAGCCGGGCUGUGGGAGGGGCUUCGCCAGCGCCACCAACUACAAGAAUCACAUGAGGAUCCACACCGGCGAGAAGCCGUACGUGUGCACGGUGCCCGGCUGCGGGAAGCGCUUCACCGAGUACUCCAGCCUGUACAAGCACCACGUGGUCCACACGCACUGCAAGCCCUACACCUGCAACCACUGCGGCAAGACCUACAGGCAGACCUCCACGCUGGCCAUGCACAAGCGCACCACGCACGGGGACUUCGAGGCCACCGAGGAGGGUGAGCACGUCCUGACUGAGGAGCUGGAGUCGCUGGACCCUCCCCUAAAACGCUCCAGAGUGGCUUACCUGGAGGGGGCGGACCCCAAGGAGGAGGACACCCAUGUCACCAUGGUGACAGAGGACACCAUCGGCUCCCAGGUGGCCCUGAUCACGCAAGAUCGGCCGCAGCAGGUCAGCCUGUCCCACGAAGAGCUGCAUGUGCUGGGCACGGCCAUCACCAUGGUGACGCAGGACGGCACCACCAUCACCGUGCCCGCUCACCAGGAGGACGUGGACGGCAUGGGGGAGCACACUGUCACUAUGAUCACGGGAGACGGCAAGGAGAUGCAGCCGGUUGCCAUAGUGUCGUCAGAGAGUCUUAUGACUGGAAGCUCAGAAAUGUCCAACCCACAUUACCAGCAGGUGGCACUGUUGGCCACUGCCAACGGCACUCAGAUUGUACUCCAGCUGGAGGAGCAGCAGACUCUGGAGGAGGCCAUCAGCAUGGCCACUGCAGCCAUCCAGCAUGGGGUCUCCUCGGAGGCAGGGUGCUGAGGGAGGCCCAUGCACUGCACCCCCAGGAUCUUAUGAACUAUUGACUGGACCCCCCCCCCCCCCCCGGAUGGAUACAUCCGCCCAGCACUUCUCCUGACUCUCCCUCUGCUGCUUUAACAAUACCCAUCAGAGCUUGACCCAGGCGGUCACCAAGGGGUCCGGGCAGCCUGGAGACCGUCUCUAAGGAGACCAGAUAUCCCAGAUACGCCAGCCUCCUCUUCGGUCCUCAGAGGGAGCGGAACUGUGCUUCUUUCGCCUGUUUCGCUACAAUAUGCAGUUCUGUGACCUCAGAUGAACAGGAAGACAGAGGGCAGACUACUGUUGCUUUUGUUUUUACAACAGAGCACCAUGUGUUGUGUGCGUGCGUGACAGAGAGAGAAAGUGUGUGUGUUUCUAUAGGGUGAGUGAAGUAAUGAAGUCCUUAUUUCUUUGAAGGCGAUGAAUUCCAAGCAGGCAAAUCCAACUCAUUUUCAGGUCAGCCGAGGAACUGUAGAAUUAAAUUGGGAGGAUGGGUUUUGUUCUGAGAGAAUGAAUGUCCACAGUGACAAAAGCCAAUAUUAAUCAUAACCUUUAACGUAUCAUCCAUGGAAGAUUAGGGUUAAAGGCUAACGUAUUGCUAGCGUACGGUUCUGCACCCUGAAGGGUUACAUGUAGUUCUGCAGGUUUGAAGUCUUUUUAUAUCUGGUUCUAGUACUUUUUGGGCUGGAGUGGUUUUGAUUAAUGCCCUUAAAGGUAGUUCAUUUGGUCAAGUAAAUAAGAUCUCAGGUUCUGGUUCUGUUAUUACGUGAUGCCACCAGUGCCCAACGUCUGUAGCGAAAGGGUUAACAUGCUCAAAACAACUGGAUGCAUUUGCUUUGGUAAUGGUCCAAUUAAAGAACAAUCUCAAGGCCCUGCGACCCUGAAAACGGGUCACUGGUUAUUUCCCUCUGAUAUGCAAUCGCAGCCGAGCCCCACAGUCGUUGCCGAGUCUCGCUUCGCUCCGAACAGCGGCAGUUAACCGCGCGGCAUGCAAACGGACUGCGCGGCGACGGACGGACCUGCCCGUCUGCGCUCACGUUUGCGCAUGGAGAGUCCGCUGGCUGACCGCAGAACGAUCAGGCCCGGUCAGCCCCCCCCCCCGUCACGCAUACGGAGUCUCACCCUACUUUGUGGCUGCGAUGCUGUUGUGGACACAAUCUCACGGUCUCUGCCUCAGUUUGGAGUCUAUUGUGGUCUUGAUCGCUUUUAAAGGCGAGGUCAGGAGGGGCCGUUGGGGAACAGAUGAAUGCGAUCGCAAAUCCCAUCGGGCUGUGCAGGGUUUAGCCUGGCAGAACGGCACAAGCAGAAUUAAAAAUGUACGUCCUAGUGUUCUACGAUAACACGGAGGAUCCAGCAAGUCUGCACUGUUACAUUUUCUACUGAAAUUGGCAUUCGGUGUUCAGUCUGUCGGCGAAUGAGGUCGCCCGCUGGCGUUCCCUUUUCUCAGGAAGCAGUGUCUUUUUCACAGCCGCUGUUAUCAUUCUUGCCUGGCAGUGCUCAAUAAACUUGUUUUUAAUACAA